GAUGAGUGAUCCAGAACCCUGCAGAAUUAAACAGGAAGAGGCUGAGGAACAAAUAGAUGUGAUGGUGAAGGUGGAGAGUGAAGUACUGAGUGAAGAUGAGGAGAAACAUCAUGUCAGUGAAGAAAAAGCUCCCAUAAAGACCGAACAGAGUUUUUUAAUGAACAGCACAGCUGUAAAUGAUUUCGCCUGCACUCAGUGUGGAAAGAGUUUCAGCCACGAAUGCGAUCUCAACCUUCACAUGAAGAUCCACGCUGGAGAGAAAUCAUAUCCCUGCGUUGCUUGUGGGAGGAGUUUCACACAUGUAUCAUCUCUACGUAUACACACAAAACGAAUUCACAGGUUUAAUGCGUCUCCCACUGUGGCGGAUGUAAUAUCUCAGCUCAAAAACUUCUCAGAUUUGGACUUUCAAUCAAAACAUGAAGUAAUAAAGGAUGGACGACCAAUGCCGGAGCUAAAGGACUUGCUUCAAACGACGGGACAGAAGAUAACUCGAUCCUUUCAAAGGGAUUGGUACGACCGAAAAGACUGGCUGUGUGGCUGUGCCACAAGAAACCGCCUAUUCUGUUAUCCCUGUCUUUUGUUCUCAGCUUGUGACAAUGUAUGGACUGACACAGGGUUUUGUGACUUAAAAAAUCUACCAAGAAGUCUCACCAAACACGAAUGCUCAGCUACUCACAUUCAAAGCCAAAUCGCUUUAAAAACGUUUGGAACUUCGCAGAUAGACUUGGCCUUAAACGAACAACAUAAGCUAAACAUUAGCAUUCACAAUGCUAUGGUGAAGGAAAAUCGAGAGGUUUUAAAAGAUCUUAUUAACGCAACCUGCUUCUUAGCCAAACAGCAAUUGGCGUUACGCAGUAGCAACGACAGUGCAAGCUCUUCCAAUCGUGGGAAUUAUGUUGAGCUAUUGCAUGCUUUUGCCGAGAAAGACGAGAGGCUUGCAAGACACUUGCAGACAUCUACUCUAUUUUCUGGCUCGUCAAACGGUAUACAGAAUGAUUUAAUUGAAGCAAUGAGUCACGUGAUCAGAAGUGACAUCAAAAAGGACAUUGACCGGGCAUCAUUUGUUGCCGUACAAGUAGAUGAGACAACGGAUGCCACUAACAAAGCCCAGAUCUCUGUCAUUUUGCGUUAUGUGGCUAAAAGUGAGGCGGCCUGUGAAGUGAGGGAGGCCUUUCUGGAAUUCGACGAUGUAAGUGGUGACAGAAGCGCCUCUGCUGUAGCCCAGUAUGUCCUGGGAGUGUUGGAGAGAUACAAGUGUGUUGACAAGCUGGUAGCUCAGACCUACGACGGAGCAUCUGUAAUGCCAUCCGAGCUUAAUGACCUGCAAGCGAAGAUUAAAGAGAAGGUUCCUCACGCCAUGUUUACCCAUUGUUAUGCACAUAAACUGAACGUAGUGCUGCAGGAUUCAGCAAAGAGCAUGUCCGAGUGUAGAGCCUUUUUUAAAACAAUUGAAGGACUAGGAACAUUUUUCAACAAGUGCACAAAGCGCACCCAGUUACUGGAUGACGUUGUGAAACGGCGUUUACCAAGAGCAGCGCCCACAAGAUGGAGCUCAAAGUCGAGACUGUUGCAAACUACAAGCAUGUACCAAUCUGACCUGCUUACCGUAUUUAGUAUUAUGAUUGAAAAUCCAGACAUCUGGGAUAAUGACACUGUAAUUAUGGCCUCUGGAUAUGAGCGGUGGCUAUCAAAGGCAUCAACAUGCUUUCUCAUCAUGGCAUAUGAUGGAAUCUUCAAUGAAACGGAUGCACUCUUCAGAGUACUGCAAAACAAAGCCAUGGACAUUGGGUUUUGCUGUGCACGAAUACGCGACACAAUUGGAGCUGUGGAAGACCAGAGGCAGGAGUUUAAGAGUUUCUACGAGCGGUUUGAGCAGAAGUGCUCCUCACUUGGUCUGACAGAUAGUGUGCAAAGUCAGCAGCUGGUCAGAGAUGAGCGGAAACGAUUGUUUAGUAACAUUCUGGACAACAUUACUGCUCAGCUGAGAGCAAGGUUUGAUCAUUUUAGCGGUCUAUCUUUCCUUGGUUUGGUCGACUGUACAAGAUUUAAGGAAAUGUCAAAACACUUCGAUGACGCCAAAGUGCAGAGCUUGUCCAAAUAUGCCAAGUUUUUUGACUUUGUCAGACUAAAAGCUGAUCUGAUCGGACUGUACAGCUCACAAACAGUGCGGAAUGAAUGUAAAUCCCCUAUACAGCUUCUCAGCUUUUUGACCCAGAAGAACCUGACGCAGGCUGUUCCUGAAGCCACCAAAUUACUCCAGCUGGCUCUCACUAUACCGGCUACUCCAGUGUCUGUGGAAAGGUCAUCCUCUGCUCUGAAACGACUCCAAUCCUACAGCCAUAAUCGCACCUCUCAAGGACAACUUACAUCCCUGGCAAUCUUCUACAUUGAGACUGAGAGACUUCAGAAAAUAAAAGAAGAUAAGGAGGACUUUUACGCCAAAGUCACAGAGAUUUUUAUUCAGAAAGAGCGGAGUAUGGACUUCAUUUACAAGUAAUGGUAGGACCAGUGUGCAGGAGAGAAAGAUCGAGCACACAUCGGCCAUGAUGCUCUGUUGCUUGUUUUUCAAAAGGCUAUAAACAAACUUAAGGGGAUAAAAAUGGUAGUUUAACGUUAAGUCAGACAUAAAGGAAUAGUAUUAAACAUAAUGAUUCCUUCCAUUUAUACAGCGCUUUUCUGGACACUCAAAGCGCUUUACACAUUUUUUGGGAGGAAUCUCCUCAUCCACCACCAGUGAGCAGCAUCCAUGUGGACGACAGGACAGCAGCCAUAUUAAAGCCUGGUUUAUACUUCUGCGUCAAGUGACCGGUGUAACUCAUGGCGCAUGCAAUGCACGUAGCUGUGCAUUUAUACUUCUGCCCGCUGUCUCUGUUGGUCUGAAUUAACAC